UGGCAUGGCUCAGUAGCGUUCAGUCAUUAGCUAAAACGCGCAAGAUUAACUCGCAUCAGUUAAGAAAACAAUAGAAUACCAAGUUUAAACUAAUGGCAACUUUAUAAUAUUAUUAGUAAACAUAUUGCUAAAUUUAUUUUAAUAAUAAAUUGAGUUUAAAAUGGGGUGGAGAAGAAGAUGGAAUCGAUUUUUGCGGUUUCCACCGUUUCCUGAUUUUGAUUGCUGUGGACCUGAACAUGGCAGGUCCUUCCCAAUGUACGCACUGCCAAAACCACGAGAGGCAUCAGAUGUUACUGAUGGAAUACCAUUCAUCGAUUCGGAAUCGGACACGGAUAUCUUAAUCGUACGAGGUAUUGAUCCUAAAAUUGGAAUUAAUGGAUCACUUCAUCGCACUUCAAAAUUUGAACUGAUGUCUAGAGAAUUUGAACCAUCUUUGGUUGUUCGCAGAGGACAAUCAUUCAUCAUAGAUAUUGUUUUAAACCGGCCUUAUAAUGAUACUGAUGGAAUAUCUUUCAUUUUUACCAUUGAAGAUGAUGAUAAACCCUCACAUGGAACCUCCUCCCUCGUUGCAAUCCCACUUUCUAUGAGUUAUAGUAGUCAUCGUCCAUGGAAUGUAGUUUUAUCAAAAUCGGACUUAAAUACUAUUUCAGUAGAAAUUACUCCAUCCCCAGAUUGUAUUGUCUCCUGUUGGAAAAUGGACGUGGAUACCAAAAGCUACAGAAACCGCCCAUACAGUUACACUUGGCCCACGAAAAUAUUUAUUUUGUUUAAUCCAUGGUGUUUAGAUGAUCAAGUAUAUUUAGAUUCCUAUGUUUGGAAAGAUGAAGCUGUAUUAGAAGAUACAGGAUUAAUCUGGCGUGGCACCGCCAAUCGAAUGAGACCUACCAUUUGGAAGUACGGACAAUUUGAUAAAGAUGUUUUAGAAUGUUCUCUGUAUUUGAUUAAAUACGUUGGAAAGAUUACUGGGAAAAGUCGAAGUUGUCCGAUUCUGACUUCCAGAGCUUUAGCUGCUGCGGUAAACUCCAUGGAUGAUAAUGGUGUACUAAUGGGAAACUGGAGUAAUGACUUUGAAGAUGGUACCGCUCCGACUAAAUGGGUUGGAAGUGCAGAAAUCAUGCAAAAAUACUACAAAAAGAAGAAAAGUGUUAAAUAUGCGCAGUGCUGGGUGUUUGGCGGUGUUCUAACAACAAUUUGUAGAGCUGUGGGUAUACCAAGUCGUGUAAUUACUAAUUACUCCUCGGCACAUGACACCCAAAGUUCUCUAACCGUUGAUUACUUCAUGACCGAUAAAGGCGAGAUCAUGACUGAAAUGAACUCCGAUUCAAUUUGGAACUUUCAUGUCUGGAAUGAGGUGUGGAUGGACCGGCCAGACCUCGGUGAUGGUUAUGGCGGUUGGCAGGCGAUUGAUGCCACUCCCCAGGAGCAAAGUGAAGAUAUGUAUAAAUGUGGACCUGCUUCAGUCAUAGCAGUUAAACGUGGGGAAAUAAGAAAGCCAUAUGAUAAUAGUUUCCUAUAUGCCGAGGUUAAUGCAGAUAAAGUUUACUGGCGUUAUGAUGGACCAACACAGCCAUUAAAAUUAAUUCGUAAAGACACAGAAUCAAUCGGUAAACUUAUCUCUACAAAACAACCUGGAAAAUUUGAUAGAUUAGAUAUUACUUCGUCUUAUAAACAUGCUGAAAGUACUACUGAAGAACGUGGUACUAUGUUUGCUGCCCUAAAAGAAGCUGAAAACAUGUUUUCUCGGUAUUAUUUAAAUGAAGAAUUCAAUGAUAUUUACUUUAACUUUGAAUUGAACGAUGAUAUUGUCAUUGGUCAACCUUUUAAGAUAACUCUUCUUAUUAGAAACAAAUCUUUAAGCAAAGACUAUAGAAUCAUUGUAUAUUUACGAGCUGAAGUUGUGACCUACAUGGGUAAAGUUGGCGACGCAGUCAAAAAAGAAGACUAUAAUUUCACCCUUGCGAAAAGUACGAUGAGGGAGCUUGAGGUGACUGUCCGCUAUGACGAGUACUACAAACGAUUGUUAGAUCAAGCCGCAUUUAACAUAUCAUGUCUAGCUAAGAUCGUUGAUAUUGAUUAUGAUUAUUACGCACAGGAUGACUUCAGAGUACGCAAACCUGAUGUGAAAAUUCUGACGGAUAAUCCUGUUGAAGAUGUGGAAUGUCAUGGGACAGCAUAUCUUGUAAAUCCAUUGCCGAAUACAUUGCACAAGUGCCAGUUUAAGAUUGAAGGACCAGGGAUCUCGGAAACCAUCAAAGUAAAAGAUGCGGUGGCAGCUAAUGGUGGAAAAGCUACGGUUGAAUUCACUUUUAUACCGAAACAGAUUGGUAAACAUACGAUUGCAGCUAAAUUUACAUCAAAAGAGUUGGAUGAUUGUGAUGGAUAUAGAACUAUUUAUGUUUCAAGUAAUGAUAUCACCAGGAUUAAUGAAACUGUUACACCAGAGGACUGAAUUAUGCCAAAAAGUUUUGAAAAACUUACAAUCAGAUAGUAAAUUUUUUCUUAUAUAUCAUACAUUUUGUAGAAUAAAUUAAACAUUGUGAAAUAUUAAUCAUUAACAUUAAUUAUAGUGAAAAAGUUAAUGUUCACUAAUUUUGACAUAAAAUUUUAGAUAUUUAUGAAAUAACUGCCAAGAUAAAAUUUGUUAUUGAUAUAUAAUCUUUAAUAAUUUAGAAUUAAGACAAAAUCAGUAUUUUUAGUUGAGAUGUAUUACAUGUGUAACCCUAAAUGCCAAUAAAUAUUUAAUAUAUUUUUAAAUUAA